AUGAUCAUAUGGGCCAAACAAAAUGAAACAGAAUUUGGUUCUAAUGAGAACUUGGAGCAAGGGAAGUUUAUUGUUUUGAAUAAGGAUGUGCCUUAUGCGGAGCAUGAGCGGAUUGAUGAGAAUGUGGACCAAGCAAAGGUAGUGAGUGGUCAUUCUGUUGAUGUGCCUUAUGACUGGGUUAAUGAGAAUGUGGACCAAGCAAAGGAUGCGUCUUAUGCGGAGCAUAAGCGGGUUAAUGAGAGUAUGGAACAAGCAAAGGAUGUGCCUUAUGUGGAGCAUGAGCUGAUUAAUGAGAAUGCGGAGCAAGCAAAGGAUGUGUGUUAUGCGGAGCAUGAUGAGCAGGUUAAUGAGAGUAUGGAUCAGGAAAAAGUAGACGCGUUUGAGGCUAUAUUGUUUCCAACUUUAGGUAAAACACAUUAG